AUUGGAAUUAUCUGAACUAUAUUAUUUGUGUUCGUAUAGUAUCGUAGAUAUUCAGUAUCGAUCCAAUUUGAGAAUCAUCUGAUCGGAACCUCCUAAAACCCUAGAAUUUCUUCGAAUAUCAUCUCCACAAAAAAAAAAUCAUGAGUGAACCAGGGAAGGAUUACUAUCAAGAUCAGCAACAACCCCCUUAUGAAUAUGGAACUUUCCAAGGCGUUCAAAACUAUCCUCCUCCGCCGCCUGUCAUCGGUUUUCCGCAGCCAAUUCCACCUCCCGGCGUCUCCGGUGGUCCUUCUGUCAACCACUACGUCCAUGGUUACCAGGCCUUUCCAGGUUAUGCAGUUGCUGAGGGAAGACCUGUAAGGCAGAGGCGCCUUCCAUGCUGUGGUAUUGGCAUAGCGUGGUUAUUGUUCAUUAUUGGUUUCUUCAUGGCUGCAAUCCCCUGGUAUAUUGGAGCAUUCAUUCUAAUGUGUGCCAGAUAUGAUCAUCGUGAGAAACCUGGAUAUAUUGCAUGCUUAAUUGCUGCUAUUAUUGUGACAAUUGGUGUGAUUUUUGGUGUAACAAGUGAUGAUUAUGACUGGGACUGGUGAUCUAUUUGAAGCAGUAAAGUCAGCUGUACAGACUUAAUUAAAAGGAUUGAUGCAUAUAUAUGUGAAAUCAAUUCAAAUUUCCUUCUCGUGAUUCUUAGGAUAUGAAAAAGCAUUAAUGUCAUGAAAUUGUGGUUCACUUGUCUUUUUUAGGUUAUUGGUGUAUGUUAUUUGUUAUUAAUGUAUGGUGGUCGCCGUUUCUAGAACCUUUGUUUUAAUGCUAAGUUCGACC